AUGGCAGUUUUACCGGACGACACACCUUCCAACGGGGUUCCUCUACCGGAACCAAUUGCAAUCAUUGGAUAUGCGUGUCGAUUAUCUGGACAGGUCACCUCACCCAAUGAUUUGUGGUCCUUGUGUACUCGGGCCCGGAGCGGCUGGCGCUCCGUCCCCAAAGAACGCUUCUCUCACGGGGCCUACCACCAUCCCAAUCCGUCCAAGCCCGGCACCUUCAAUCCUGCCGGUGGUUACUUUCUAGACGAAGAUGUUUUCAGGUUCGACGCCCCAUUCUUCAAUGUCAGCGUCCAGGAAGCUGUUUCCAUGGACCCCCAGCAGCGCCUGCUGCUGGAGACCUCCUACGAAGCCUUGGAGAGUGCGGGCAUUCCCAAAGAAUCUCUCGCGGGUCGUAACGUCGGUGUCUUUGUCGGCGGCAACUUUGCCGACUACGAGCUCAAUAAUGUGCGCGAUAUCGAAACUACCCCCCCAUUCCAGGCCACGGGAAAUGCUCCUGCUCUCCAAUCCAACCGAAUCUCCUAUUACUUUGACUUUUCUGGACCCAGUUUCACCGUGGACACCGCGUGCUCGUCAUCCCUGGUUGCCCUUCAUUAUGCCAUGCAGAGCUUGCGGAGUGGCGAGUCCAGCGAGGCGCUGGUUGGCGGAUGCAGAUUAAAUAUUCUUCCCGAUUCCUUUGUUUCUAUGUCGAUGUCACAGUUGUUCAACGACGAGGGCAAAACAUAUUCUUUCGACGAGAGAGCCACAUCCGGUUUUGCACGAGGCGAGGGUGCUGGCGUGGUUCUUCUUAAGCCGCUCGGUGCUGCUUUGCGCGAUAAAGAUCCUAUUCGAGCCGUAAUUGCUAAUUCGGGUGUCAACCAAGACGGAAAGACAAAGGGUAUUACAUUGCCGAACGGGAAGGCGCAGGAAGAAUUGAUUAAGCGCGUGUAUAAGGACGUCUAUUUGAAGCCGGAGGAUUGUGGCUAUGUUGAGAUGCACGGCACUGGAACCAAGACUGGUGACCCCAUUGAAGCGCGUGCCGUGCAACGGGCUCUGGGAAGAGAUCGCACCCCUAGGAACCCUCUCUGCAUUGGAUCUGUCAAGUCCAAUGUUGGCCAUCUAGAGGGCGCCAGUGGUGUUGUAUCCAUCAUUAAAGCUGCCAUGAUUCUCGAGAAAGGGCUCCUGCUGCCAAAUUGCAACUUCAAAAAGCCAAACCCUCAUAUUCCUCUGCACGAAUGGAACAUGAAAGUGGUCACCUCCACACGGCCUUUCCCUCGGGGCAAGAAAUAUGUCAGUGUCUCCAACUACGGUUUUGGAGGCACCAACGCCCAUGUUGUGCUUGAGAGGCCGCCUCCAUCCGGUGCACGGAAAGAUGAUGCGGAGUCAGAUGGUGAUCCCAAGCGCCGGCUGUUCUUGAUCUCGGCCAGCGAUAAGGACUCCCUAAAGACCAGGAUCCAUGAUUUCGGUGUCUACUUUGAACGACAUCCCGAGGUUUUUGAGAACUCGCUGUUCGGAAACUUCUGCUACAGUACUGGAAACAGGAUGUCACAGCUUGCAUACCGUGUUGCUGUCACUGCCACGUCACUAGAUGAGCUUGGUAUGCGCCUCGCUCAGCUGAACGUCAAUCCGGCUCGAGUGCUGGAAGCUCCCAAGAUCUCAUGGGUCUUCACCGGACAGGGUGCGCAAUGGCCUCAAAUGGGUAUCCCGCUUAUGGACGAGUACCCGGUUUUUGCGUCCACCAUGGUCCAAGCGGACCAGUGCUUGAGAGAUCUCGGCGCGCAGUUCUCUCUUCUGGAGGAACUCGGGAAGGAGACUGCUGAAUCCGACAUCAACUCGCCGCACCUCAGCCAGCCAGCCUGCACUGCUCUCCAACUUGCUCUAACUGACCUUCUCCGCUCUUGGGGGAUUCAGCCGGAUGCCGUCGUGGGCCACAGCUCCGGUGAGAUUGGUGCCGCCUAUGCUGCCGGAAUCUAUGAUCUGGAAGCUGCCAUGGGGCUUGCUUACUACCGUGGUCAAAUGGCUUCCCUCCUGAAGAGUACCUACCCUGAUCUGCGUGGAACCAUGAUCGCCAUUGGUACCAGCCCAGAGGAGACCAAGCCAAUGCUGAAGGGUCUCAAGGCGUAUGCUACAAUUGCUUGCGUGAACAGCCCCUCUAGUGUUACGGUCUCUGGGGAUGCUGAUGCCAUCUCCGAGCUAGAGGCUGUUCUGAAGGAGAAAUUGAUCUUUAACCGGCGUCUCAAGGUCGACGUGGCUUACCACUCCAAUCAUAUGGUGAAUGUGGCUGAAGCUUAUCUCAAGGCCAUCGAAGCUAUCAAGCCUGCGACUGCCGGAAUAGCCACCUUUUUCUCGUCAGUCACUGGUGGGAUCGCUGAGCCGGCCGAUCUGGGUCCUGCCUACUGGGUGCAGAACCUGACUUCUACCGUCUUGUUCGCUGAUGCGCUUGGUAAGAUGUGUGCCGACGACGAGUCGCGGCCAAACAUGCUCGUUGAGCUCGGCCCGCACUCUGCCCUGAAGGGUCCUAUCCUGGACACUCUGAAGGGCAUUGGCCCUCCCGCCGCCAAGGUCGGCUACGCUCCCACGGUCGUUCGCAAUUCAGAGCCUUCGCAGUCCCUUCUGGAAGUGGCUGGAGCAGCGUAUGUGCGCGGCGCGGUCCUCAAUAUGACCGAGAUCAACUUCCCCAACAGCAAGGCUAAGAACCGAUCCUUCUUGCGUGACUUGCCCCGCUACCCCUGGCAACAUGGAACCCGUUAUCGGCAUCAGUCCCGCAUUGCCGAUAAGCACUGCCACAGGGACGGCAAGCGCAACGAUAUUCUGGGAACCAUGGCUCUGUACUCGAAUGACUUGGAGCCUACAUGGCGCAACAUUGUCCGCCUUGACGAUGUGCCCUGGCUUCGGGAGCACAAGAUGCAGGGUAUGACUGUGUAUCCAAUGGCUGGCUACUUGGCUAUGGCCAUCGAAGCAGCAAAGAGACGCGCGGAGCAGCGCGAGGCGACAGUCUCCCAAUUCGAGUUCCGUGAGGUGAAAGUGGGUGCAGCUCUCGUGUUGACCGAUGAUGUCGACACAGAGACAGUCAUCACCCUCCGGCCAUACCCUGAGGGUACCCGUGGCAAUUCCGAUAUCUGGGAUGAGUUUCGCAUCUGCUCAUGGAACACCAAGCGCGCCUGGGCUGAGCACUGCACGGGACUGGUUCGGGUCCGCACCAAUGAGAAGCAGCAGACCACAGUCUCCAACGUCGCCGAGACCGAGCUGAAGCACAUGAUUGUUCAGACGAAGAAGGUGAUGACUGCCGCUACCUAUAAGGUAGAUAUACAGAACAUGUACCGGGUUCUUUCCGAGGUCGGAGCCGGCUACGGAGCAUGCUUUCAGGGCUUGGACAACUGCUUCUCUGACCCGCACCAUUCACGUGCAGACCUGUACCUCCGUGACACCAAAAAGGCCAUGUAUAAGGAGUAUGAAGCCCCCCUUAGCAUCCACCCCGUCUUUCUGGAUGCGCUGCUGCACCUUGUCUGGCCCAUUCUGGGUAAAGGUCGCAUGGAGCUCGAGACUCUUUACAUGCCUACCAUGAUCAGGAACCUGAUUAUCAGCGCCAACCUUCCUACUACCCCCGGGGACUUUGUUAAAGCCUGGUGUGUUGGUGGGCCCAGUCUGCCUACUCCCCAGCCCACUAAGUUUGACCUGUGGUUGACUUCCCAAGAUUCCACUGAGGUCCUGAUUAACAUGGAGGAUGUCAUUAUGACUCCCGUGAAGGAUUCCAAUGCCGACGGCGGUGAAAACGUCGCCGACCUGUGCUACAAAAUGGAAUGGCAACCUCUGGCCGACGCUAAGGCUAUUUUUGGAGAAGAACGCGAGGAGCCUAUCGGUUAUAUGAACGGUCACGCUAUGGACCUUACCAAGGGCCACACUGCCAAUGGAGAGCUCACCGAUGGAUGCGUCGCCAAUGGUGAACUUACCAAUGGCCAUGCUAGCGACCACAUAGCUCAGGGGGAAAAGGGGCACAUUAAUGGCAAUGGAAUCGUCGAUGGUGUCAAUGGCAUUCACAUCAAAGAGCUGUUGAUCAUGCAGUAUGGCAAGCCCGACGGCAGUGCUAACAAGUUGAGCGAGGCCAUCUCCACCGAGACUGCCAAUUGGAAACCAUCAAUUCACACUUUGGGGGAAAUCGACUGCUGUAAGAAGCAUGUUGUUGUCCUUCAAACAGACAUCACGUCUCUGCGAGACCUUACCGUCGACAUCUUCGAUAACGUCAAGAAGACCCUACUCAAUGCUUCCCACCUGCUCUGGGUUUACCAUUCGGACAGCCCUGAUGCCCAGAUGAUCGUUGGUCUCACCCGCAGUCUGCGUUCUGAGGGCUAUGGCAGGAUUGCCACAUUAGGACUCGAAGCCAAGAAUAUUGAGGAGCCAAACCCUGCUAUCUUAGCUGCUAUGAACGCCCUGUGGCUGGUAGAUGGCGAGAAGUCCUGCAAGGAACUUGAAUUCCGCGCUUGCGGCUCGGAGCUUCUUGUUCCUCGUGUCAUGAACGAUACCGUUGCCAAUUCAUUCGUUCAUAAAGAGACCCAUGAGAAAACCACCUCAAUUCAGCCAUUCUACCAGCCGGGCCGCCGUCUCAAGCUUGAGAUUGCUAGCCCGGGUUCUCUCGAUACGCUUUACUUUACAGAUGAUAAUGUCGGUACGCUGGGCGACGACGAGAUCGAGAUUGAAGUCAAGGCAACUGGUCUCAAUUUCAAAGAUAUCGUUGUCACAAUGGGCCAGCUCGCUCAGCCAURGAUCGGUAUUGAGUGCAGUGGUGUAGUCUCUUCUAUCGGCAAGAACGUCACUAGUUUCACGGUCGGCCAGCGAGUUAUGGCCUUGUCCGAAGGUGCGUAUUCCACCUACGCACGGUCCCGGGCUACAAGUGCGGCCCCCAUACCCGAGAACAUGCCGUUCCAGGUGGCUGCCACUGUACCAGUGGUAUUUUGCACAGCCUACUACGCUCUCGUUGAUCUCGGGCACCUCGAAGCCGGCGAGCGUGUUCUAAUCCACGCCGGUGCAGGGGGUGUCGGCCAAGCAGCAAUCAAGAUGGCGCAGAUGAUCGGUGCCGAACUAUUUGUGACUGUCGGCAGCGUGGAGAAGAAGACCUUUCUUAUGACGGAGUAUGGUCUCCCCGAGGACCACAUCUUCUACUCCCGUGACCCUUCGUUUGGCCGUGGUAUCAAGCGCGCCACCAACGGCCGGGGUGUCGAUGUUGUGGUUAACUCUCUGGCUGGUGAUCUCCUCCGCGAGACCUGGGAGACUCUUGCGCCAUUCGGACGGUUUAUUGAGAUAGGCAAGGCUGAUAUCACAAAGAACACCCGCCUGGACAUGCUGCAAUUCGAGAACAAUGUCAGCUUCGCUUCUGUCGACUUGACCAAGAUUGCUCAGUACAAGCCCAGACUGAUGAGACGUCUGCUCGACAAUGUCUACCUGCUCAUGUCCAAGGGCACUCUUACACCCAUUCUGCCUCUGUCUACUUACCGUAUCUCGGAGCUCGAGACGGCCUUCCGAACUCUGCAGACUGGCAAGGCGAUGGGUAAGAUCGUCGUUGUUCCUCACAAAGAUGACGAGGUUAAGGCCGUGGCAGCCAAGCUUGGCUCCUCCGUCCUUAAGGCCGACGCAUCAUACCUCCUGAUCGGUGGCACUGGUGGUCUAGGCCGGAGCAUAGCUAGAUGGAUGUCGUCCAAGGGCGCGCGUAAUAUCGUGCUCGUGUCCCGCAGCGCAUCCAUCAAUAACAAGAUCCAAGAUCUAAUCGAUGAGCUCGCCGCCCAUGGCACGGCCAUCAGCGUCAAGCCCUGCGACGUAAGCAGUAUGGAAUCUGUCGACAACCUCAUCAACCAAGAGUUAAAGGGUCUUCCACCAGUCCGCGGUGUCGUGCACGGCGCCAUGGUCCUCCGCGACAUGCUCUUCGAGAACAUGACUCUCGACGACUUCCAAGCCGUCGCAUCCUGCAAAGUCGAGGGAGCCUGGAACCUGCACCACGUACUGCACGAUUCACCCCUCGACUUCUUCGUCGCGCUUUCCUCCGUCGCCGGCAUCAUCGGGAACCGCGGACAAGCCGCCUACGCUGCCGCCAACGUCUUCCUUGACGGCUUCAUGGAAUACCGCCGGUCUCAAGGUCUCCCCGGAACAUCAAUCGACUUGACAGCUGUCCGGGACGUCGGCUACCUCGCGGAAGUCGGCAGCAAACGCCACAAAGAAGUGCUGAGGAACAUUGGCACGGACGGCAUGGAAGAAGCACAGGUACUAGCGCUUCUUGCAGCCGCUGUCACAGGGGUCUUGUCGCAAUCGUGCUCGGGGCAGUCCAUCACUGGUCUUGGCCUCGGCGCUCGUCUGGACCACUUCUGGGCGCAGGACAGCAAGUUUUGCUCUCUAUACGAGGCAGCGAAGGAGAAGUAUGGCAACAGUACGGGACACGAUAUGCUGUCUCUUCCAUUGAAAGUGCAACUUGCCAAUGCUACUAGCAAGAUGAAAGCUCAGGUUAUCUGCUAUGAGGCUCUGGCAGCCAAGUUGGCGCAGGUACUCGUAAUGCCACUGGAGGAAUUAAACCCCGAAACCAGCAUUGCGUCACUUGGUGUGGACUCAUUGGUUGCCAUUGAGAUCCGCAACUGGAUUGCUCGUGAGACGCACUCCAAUGUCCAGGUUCUGGAAUUGCUUUCAGCUGGCUCGCUGAUGGCUUUGGCGGGAAUCAUCCUUAACAACUCGACGGGUGGAUUUUCCCCUUCGUAG